AUGGCAUCCGUCGUAUCUCCCUCUCAAACCAGCACGAUCAAAGAGCCCUCCCACAAUCCGGAAGCCAAGACCAAGACCUUCCACAUCUACCGCUGGAACCCCGACGAGCCGUCCUCGAAGCCGCGGAUGCAGACGUACACGCUGGACCUGAACAAGACCGGCCCCAUGAUGCUGGAUGCGCUCAUCCGGAUCAAGAAUGAGGUAGAUCCUACGCUUACGUUCAGAAGGAGCUGCAGAGAGGGUAUUUGUGGGAGCUGUGCGAUGAAUAUUGAUGGGGUUAAUACUUUGGCUUGUUUGUGCCGCAUCCCAACUGACACCAAGCAAGAUACAAAAAUCUACCCCCUCCCCCACACCUACGUCGUCAAAGACAUCGUCCCCGACCUAACCCAAUUCUACAAGCAAUACAAAUCCAUCAAGCCGUAUCUGCAACACUCUGCUCCCGCCCCUGACGGAAAAGAAUACUUGCAAUCGAAAGAAGAGCGCAAGAAGCUGGAUGGCCUCUACGAGUGCAUCCUCUGCGCCUGCUGCUCGACAUCUUGCCCAAGUUACUGGUGGAAUUCAGAGGAGUAUUUGGGACCCGCGGUGCUGUUGCAGAGUUAUCGGUGGUUGGCGGAUAGCAGGGAUGAAAAGAAGGAGGAGCGGAAGGCGGCCCUGGAUAAUAGUAUGAGUUUGUAUCGGUGUCAUACUAUUUUGAAUUGCUCGCGGACAUGCCCCAAAGGCUUGAAUCCUGGGUUGGCGAUUGCGGAGAUCAAGAAGGAGAUGGCUUUUUAG